AUGGAUUCGCUGGUUACUUUUGAUUCAGAAUCAUUCUCACAUGCUUCCCCGAUGAUCAAUUAUAGGAAGGAUGCUAAGAAGGGGAUAAAAUUUAAAUUCAUGGUUGUGGGAGAACCUGGAACGGGCAAGACCACUUUCAUCAACAGCUUGUUAGGCAAGAAAGUAAUGAGCCAUCGCUAUGAAGCGGAAGGAGACUCAAUCGGAGAGACCAAGACGCUAGCAUUCACAUCUGCGAAAUCUGUGGCAUUACCAAGUACUUCCAUUUUGACAAAGAACGAUUUUGAUCCAUCGAUAGCUAAUGAAGAGCCAGGAAUCGCUUUGACGGAAACGAAAAUUGAGAUCCUUGACGAAGAAAAUACGAAAAUAUUGCUCACCAUAGUUGAUACACCUGGUUUUGGUGAGAAUUUUAACAACGAGAUUUGUUUUACUGAAAUAGAGAAUUAUUUAAGGCAGCAGUUUGACCAAGUUUUGGCAGAAGAGACUCGAAUUAAGAGAACGCCUCGUUUUGUGGACACAAGAGUACAUGCUCUUCUUUAUUUCAUUACUCCAACCGGCCAUGGUUUGAGAGAACUCGACAUAAGCUGCAUGAAGAGAUUAUCCAAAUAUGUUAAUAUCAUUCCUGUUAUAAGUAAGGCUGAUUCUUUCACUUCUAAGGAAUUAAGACAUUUUAAGCAACAAAUUAGAAUUGAUAUCGAGAAGUUUAACGUACCAACUUUUAGGUUUGACAAUUCUUUGGAUGAUUAUGAUGAAGAGGACGAUUACGAUUUAAUUCAGGAAUGUAGAUUUUUAUCCAAAUUGCAACCUUUCGCUAUUGUAUCGUCCGAAGAUGAAUUUGAGGUUAGAGACAAAAAUACAGGGCAAACUAGAACGAUAAGAGCAAGGCAGUAUCCAUGGGGAUUGGUGGAUAUCAAUAAUACCAAAUAUAGUGACUUUGCAAUCUUGAAGUCUGUGCUUUUAGGCUCUCACUUGCAGGAUUUGAAGGAUUUGACUCACGACUUCUUAUACGAGACAUACAGAACUGAAAGAUUAAUGAAGGUAACGGGUGGUGAGCAGAAUGAGGAUGAGGAUGAGGAAGAAGAAUUCCAUGAGUCGCUAGAACAUCAGAAUGGACCAUUUAAGGAGAAUCAUGAAAUUCCGUCCUUAUCCAAUUUGGCACAGCUAACUGCGUCAACCUCUCGUGGGGAUACCGCGUCUGUUUCUUCUUCUUCAUCGAAGAAACCAAAAUCAAUGUUACUAGAAGAUUCAGAGGCGGCUGAUAUGGACGCCUCGAAGUUAAAAGAUACUUCCUCAUUUAUGUCAUCUACAUCGACAAUAUCUUUGGAAGGCAAAAAUGGUACUUCCCAUUCAUCCCAUCAAUCAAACGCUGCAUUCAAAAGAUUGUCAAUUGCCCCUCAACGCAAUCAAUUACGUCAAAUUUCCGAAACCGUACCAUACGUUAUUAGACAUGAAAGAAUUUUAGAAAGACAGCAGAAAUUGGAAGAGAUGGAAAUUGCUAGUGCUAAGGAGCUUGCAAAUAGAGCUGCUAUGUUGGAGAAAAAGGCAGCUUUGUUGAAGGCGAAGGAAAGAAUGUUAAUGAAACGAACUGAAUCUGUUAGACAUGAUAGUGAUACAUCCAAUAGUAAUGGUUCAGCAAAUGUUGAAGCAAUACCUGAUUCUUCUACUUCUCAGGACCCUGAAUCGACGCUAAAGAAGGAAGAGACUUUGACUGAUCUCCAUUCUAUAAUCAGUAGUAGUUAA